AUGAGGCUUCCUCUGCUUUGUGCCUCUGUGAUGCUGCUGAGUCUGUCCCAGUGCCAAGCUGUCAGCUUCCCUGAGGAUGAGGACCCUAUUAACGUUGUUGAUUACCACUAUUCAAGGCAAUAUCCAGUAUUUAGAGGACGCCCUUCAGGCAAUGAAUCUCAGCACAGACUGGACUUCCAACUGAUGUUGAAAAUUCGAGACACACUUUAUAUUGCUGGCAGGGACCAAGUUUACACUGUAAACUUAAAUGAAGUUCCAAAAUUGGAAGUUACUCCAAGCAAGAAAUUGACAUGGAGGUCAAGGCAGCAAGACAGAGAGAACUGUGCUAUGAAAGGCAAACAUAAAGAUGAAUGCCAUAACUUCAUUAAAGUCUUUGUUCCAAGAAAUGAUGAGAUGGUGUUUGUCUGCGGAACAAACGCAUUUAACCCUAUGUGCAGAUACUACCGGCUGAAUACUUUAGAGUAUGAUGGGGAGGAAAUUAGUGGUUUGGCCAGAUGCCCAUUUGAUGCCAGACAAACCAAUGUCGCCCUCUUUGCUGAUGGAAAAUUGUAUUCAGCAACAGUAGCAGAUUUCCUGGCAAGUGAUGCUGUUAUUUAUCGCAGCAUGGGGGAUGGAUCUGCCUUAAGAACAAUAAAGUAUGAUUCCAAAUGGAUAAAAGAACCACACUUCCUCCAUGCCAUAGAGUACGGGAACUACGUUUAUUUCUUCUUCCGAGAAAUUGCUGUAGAGCACAAUAAUUUAGGCAAGGCUGUGUAUUCCCGUGUGGCACGCAUAUGCAAAAAUGACAUGGGGGGGUCCCAACGAGUCCUGGAGAAACAUUGGACAUCCUUUCUGAAAGCUCGGCUCAACUGCUCGGUUCCCGGGGACUCCUUCUUCUACUUUGAUGUUCUGCAGUCUAUCACAGACAUACUAGAAAUCAAUGGAGUCCCCACAGUUGUUGGUGUAUUCACCACACAGCUUAACAGCAUCCCUGGUUCAGCAGUGUGUGCUUUCAGCAUGGAUGACAUUGAGAAAGUCUUCAAAGGGAGAUUUAAAGAACAAAAGACUCCUGACUCUGUUUGGACAGCUGUACCUGAAGACAAAGUACCAAAGCCAAGACCUGGCUGCUGUGCAAAACAUGGCCUAGCAGAAGCAUACAAAACCUCCAUUGAUUUCCCAGACGAAACACUCUCCUUCAUCAAAUCUCAUCCUUUGAUGGAUUCAGCUGUUCCCUCAGUCACUGAGGAGCCCUGGUUCACUAAAACACGUGUCAGAUACAGAUUGACAGCAAUUGCUGUAGACCAUGCUGCUGGACCCUACCAGAACUACACAGUCAUAUUUGUUGGUUCUGAAGCGGGAGUAGUACUUAAAAUCUUGGCAAAGACCAGGCCCUUUUCUUUGAAUGACAGCGUGUUACUGGAAGAGAUUGAAGCAUAUAAUCAUGCAAAGUGUAAUGCUGAGAGCGAGGAGGACAGAAGAGUCAUUUCCCUUCAGCUAGAUAGAGACCACCAUGCUCUGUUUGUGGCAUUCUCCAGCUGUGUCAUCAGAAUUCCUCUGAGUCGGUGUGAGCGCCAUGGGUCAUGCAAAAAGGCAUGUAUUGCUUCACGGGACCCAUACUGUGGCUGGUUAGACCAUGAGACAUGUGGAAGAGUGACACCAGGCAUGUUGUUCUCUCUGUUUGUUUCAUACAACCACAGCACCGGAGGAUAUGUGCAAGACGUGGAAUAUGGCAACACAGCACAGCUUGGGGACUGCCACGAAAUUUUGCCUACUACAGCUACACCAGAUUACAAAAUAUUUGGCGACCCAACAUCUGACAUGGAGUUCUCCUCAGCUUCCAUUACCACAAUGGCAAGUAUCCCAGUUAUAACACCUAAAGUGAUUGGUUCCUGGAAACCUAAAGUGACUGGCUCUCGGAAAUUUGUAGUUCAAGAUGACCCAAACACUUCUGAUUAUUCUGAUCCAUUAUCAGGUGUCCCAAAGGGUGUGAGGUGGGAAGUGCAAUCAGGAGAGUCCAACCAAAUGGUGCAUAUGAAUGUCCUAAUCACUUGUGUCUUUGCCGCCUUUGUGCUGGGAGCCUUUAUCGCGGGCGUGGCCGUGUACUGUUACCGGGAUAUGUUUGUGCGCAAGUCCAGAAAGAUCCACAAAGACGCGGAGUCGGCGCAGUCCUGCACAGACUCCAGCGGCAGCUUCGCGAAGCUCAACGGGCUGUUCGACAGCCCCGUCAAGGAGUAUCAGCAAAACAUUGACUCGCCCAAGCUUUACACAAACCUCUUGACUAGCCGAAAGGAGCUGCCACCAAACGGCGAUACUAAGUCCAUGAUGAUGGACCACAAGGGCCAGCCUCCGGAAUUAGCUGCACUGCCAACUCCUGAAUCCACACCGGUUCUUCAACAAAAGACUCUGCAGGCUAUGAAGAGUCAGUCGGACAAAGCGCACGCUAACCUCAAUGCUUCACGGAAGGAAACCCCGCUAAAAAGCCCUCAGUUUUUCCCUUCCAGUCCUCCACCCCACUCUCCUCUAAGUCAUGGACAUAUUCCUAGUGCCAUCGUCCUUCCCAACGCUACCCACGAUUACAACACUUCUUUCUCGAAUUCUAAUGCGCACAAAGCAGACAAAAAGAUGCAACAUAUUGAUCAUCCACUUACAAAACCGUCCAGCAAAAGAGACCACAGGAGAUCUGUUGACUCCAGGAACACUCUGAAUGAUUUUCUGAAACACUUAAAUGAAACUACUAGUAAUCCCAAAGCAAUUAUGGGAGAUAUUCAAGUGACCCACCAGACUUUAAUGCUGGAUGCAAUGGGAAAUAUGUCUGAGAUCCCACCUAAGGUUCCCAACAGGGAGGCGUCUUUAUACUCUCCUCCAUCAACUCUUCCAAGAAACAGUCCCACAAAACGAGUGGAUGUUCCCACCACUCCUGCAGUACCAAUGACCUCUUUGGAAAGGCAGAGAGGUUAUCACAAAAAUUCUUCACAAAGGCAUUCAAUAUCUGCCCUUCCUAAAAACUUAAACUCACCAAAUGGUGUUUUGCUAUCCAGACAGCCUAGUAUUAAUCGUGGGGGCUACAUGCCUCCCACGACAGGCACAAAGAUGGACUACAUGCAAGGGACGCCUGUCAGCGUUCACCUCCAGCCUUCCUUGUCCAGGCAAAGCAGUUACACGAGCAACGGCACCCUUCCUCGUACAGGAAUAAAGAGGACAUCCUCCUUAAAACCUGACGUCCCACCAAAACCCUCAUUCGUUCCUCAGACAACUUCAGUCAGACCACUGAACAAAUACAGCUACUAG